CCAAUAUUAGCAAUAAGGCAUUAAUGGAAAAAAAAAAAAAAAACCUUUUGACUGCAUUCAUUUUCUGUAGUACCUUGCUUUUGUUGUUGCCUUCUAAAAGCUAUAUAUAAGAGGACAUCAUCUCCAGAGACAGCCACAGAGAGAGAAUUGUUUUCAAGUUGAAUAGGGAGUAGCUAGCUAGCAAUGGAUUUUUCGUGCAGUAAGUCUUCUUCCUUGAUGGUUUCUCUUUUGCUAGUGCUUCUACUCAAUGGCUCGUCAUCUCAACCAAGUGAUUUGGUUAGAACAAUCUGCCCCAGAACUAUCAACAAUAUUUUGUGCCUACAGAUUUUCAAAUCCGACCCUCAUUCAGAAACUGCAGAUGUUAAAGGCCUCGCACGGAUCGCAAUCGAUGCGGGUGAAGCCUCGGCUAACCAAACCCUCAAUACUCUUGGCUCUCUCUUUAAUAGCACACCGGCAAGCUCUUUAAAAGAUGUAUAUCAGACAUGCGUAAGAAACUAUGAGACAGCCAUUUCCAAGCUCGAGACAGCAAAGAAUCUUCUGUCGUCCCCCAAUUAUAAAUCUGCAUCUGGUCUUUCUACAGAUGCAACGACUAAUAUCUCGAGUUGUGACACUAGUUUCAUAUUAUUACCAGAACCGUACGGGUCAGCAGUACUUUCUUUUUUAGAUUUGACUAGAAAGUCCUCCAACCUUGCCCGAAUCAUUGAAAUUAUUUUAGUGGAUUUUCUCGUGUAAACGUGUUUUGAGUCGUUAUUUUCGACAUGUA